AUGAUUGCGGAUCCUGUCCACAACAACACCUGCACAUUCUAUGAAUGGUCUCGAAAUCCACAUCAUGCCAAAUUCUUCCGAAUAUUCUCUAUCAUAUCAGUGCUCACGGUACUCGUGGUCGUUGUCGUACUCGGUAACGCACUUGUUAUCGCCGCAGUGCUUCUGCGAAGGCGUCUACGGUCCGCUACUGGAUUGCUGAUUCUCUCGCUAGGUGUAGCGGAUCUAUUGGUAGGAACUGUGAUUCUCCCGUUCAGUAUUGCAAAUGAAGUACUCAAUGGGUACUGGAUAUUUGGCGAAACGUGGUGCACUAUAUGGUUGACGAUGGAUAUCUGGAUGUGCACGGCUUCCAUAUACAACCUCGUCGCGAUAUCUAUUGAUAGAUAUAUAGCCAUCAUCAAACCACUGAAUUAUCCUAUGCUAGUCACCAAAUUCCGUGCUCGAUGUACCGUUGCGAUAGUGUGGAUUGGCUCAUUUAUCAUCUGCAGCCCGAGCUUCUUCCUGGCUUCCUCGAUUAAGGAUAUCAAUCAGGAACCUUGCAAGUGCACGCCAGCUAAUGCUGGGAGAGCCUACAUCACCUUUAGUGCUUCUAGCAGCUUCUACGUGCCUAUGAUAAUCGUGAUAUUCGUCUAUUUCCGUAUUUAUAUCGCCGCUAGAGCUGCAACGAAGAGCAUCUAUUCGGGGAUGAUGCAAGUGACUGCGAAUGCCAACAAGAACACCAAGAGCUACCUGAUCAAUCAUCCCAACGUACUGGCCAAGGAAUCGCUUCCGAUGCUACGAGUGCACCGUGGUUCUUCUGUGUCCACUGUUCGACCAACCAAUAUGUCUUCAAAAGAAGUAAAUGGAUCAGGAAACGGUGGACGAAAACCGAAGCGAAACAGCAACACAUCACUUUCUCCAAUAAAAGACGAACACGAAGGGAGACUUCCACAACAAAAGCCUCCAGUAAAGCAAACAUCGCGGGAACGAGAGUUCAGCGGCAAGAAAGCAGUACGUGACAAGUUAAGCACCGAGUCUGACGACUCCUCUGGGUCUCCACCCAAGCAGAAGCAUGAGCAAGCUGCCGAGCAAAAAGCCAUUGAGCCCGAGACACAGCCAACAAAAUCGCCACUCGUCGCCAAAUUACGGAAGAAUCCACUCCGCGUACUUAUGAAUCGAGGGCAUGCGAAGAAAAGUGGAGGUGCUUAUGAAAAACGGCUAUCGUUGGAAAUCAAAGCAGCUAAAACUGUGGCAAUCGUGACCGGCUGCUUCAUAUUCUGCUGGCUUGGCUUUUCACUGCUCUACGGACUCGAGCUACAAACGAACGAUGUUGUCUGGUCGGUGCUAUUCUGGCUCGGCUAUCUGAACUCUGCACUGAAUCCGGUUAUUUAUACCGUAUUCAAUCGCGAAUUCCGCACCUGUUUCAAACGGCUGCUCACAUGCCAUCAUCUCAACCACCCGAACACUAAUAAGUACACCAAUAACAACUCGUACAAUUGUAUAACUUCGUAUCUGGAGUAA